UUCAUAUUAUUUAGGAAUAGAUAUUAACUCUUCGGAUAUAACAUCUUUUAGAGUUGAAGUUUUUAACUUCUUUUUUGAUUGCAGUUUUCCAUUAUAUAUGGCUUGUUUGUAGGCUUUGGGUACUAUUAAUAUAAAAUAUAUUUAGGCUUUUCAUAAUACUAACCGUAUUCUUAUAGACUUCGUUGCUAAAGGAUGCCCUACUUCCAGCUUUACGUGGCUAUUUAGUUUUAAUUUAUAAUAUUUUAUGUUAUAACAACGAUCAAUGUAGUUGAAUUGGAGUGAAUAUCUAAUUUAACUCUCGCGCUACCACACUCUUUGACCACAAAAAAAUUAUUUUGGAAUUAAAAGCUUUUGCAAUAAUCUAUUUCACUAUUGAUUUUAUAGCGGUUAACUAAUAUUCAGUUUUUAUAUUCAUUAUACUAGUUAAAUAUUCCUUAUAGUUUGCUACAAUAAUACCUACUAAUCAUGAGUCACACCCUUAAUCAUCUUCUUGAAACUAUAAGAAUAUUUUAUAUCACAAUUUCCAUUCAAUUAAAUCUAAUUGAAAAGUAUAUUUAUCUAAUUUUACAAAGUUAUUUAACAUUUUGGAGUUCCCCCUGGUUGAAUUUAAUCAAUUUCAUCAUCUUAUUGUUGAUUAUUUGGAUCAUUUUAGAUUAUAAUGGAUUCCAACGUCCUGAACCUAUUGAAAACAUUAUUCAAAUUCCAGGUUAUCCAAUUGUGGGAAAUUUAUUUCAAAUCUUAUUAAAUCCAGCUCAAACUUACCUUAGAUGGUCUCAAGAAUAUAAUACUCCAAUUUUCCAAAUUAGAUUAGGUAUAAAAAAUGUGAUUAUUGUUAAUUCAUUUAAAGAUGUUUAUAGUUUAUGGAUAAAGCAUUCUUGUGCAAAUAAUUCUCGUCCAACUUCAUAUACUUUCCAUGGUAUUGUUUCAAGUACACAAGGUUUUACAGUGGGUUCAACUCCAGCUGGUUCAUCCUAUAAAGUUAAAAAGAAGGUGAUUGCUCAAUAUUUACAUCAUAAAGCUAUUGAUGAAGUGAAAUGGUUGAUUGAUGAUGAAUCAAAAUAUAUGAUAAGAAAAGUUAUUGGUAAUAAUUAUGAAAUUAGUGGUCCUCCCUCAAGUUAUAUGCAUGGACAUAUGAGAUCUGAAUUAAGUGAUAUUGAUCUAAUGGAACCAUUACAAUUGUUUGAUUUAAGAAGUUCAAUCAUAUUAGCUUAUGGGAUUACUUUGGAUUGUUAUAAUAAUGAUAAAGAAUUUUCAGAUGAAAUAAUUGAUGUUGAAAAUCAAAUUAUUCAAUUAAGAUCUCCAGUAGGAAAUUUACAAGAUUUCUUACCUAUAUUAAGAUAUUUACCAUUCAAGAAUAACUUAGCCGCUCAGUUAAGACAAAGGAGAGAUAAAUAUAUGAAUAAGUUAAUGUCGAUAUUAGAACUGAAAUUAAAAGAUGGUGAUCCCACAGCUAUUGAAAGUAUUGUUGGUAGAAUCAAAUUAAAUCAAGAUUUAGUUCCUGUUAAUGAAGAACAAUUACAUAGUAUCUGUUUAACCUUAGUUAGUGCUGGUCUUGAUAAUACUCCCUUAAACUUUAAUCACUUAAUAGGUCAUUUUUCACAACCAGGUUAUGGUCAAGCUUUACAAGAGAAGGCUUAUAAUAAGAUAUUAGAAUUAAGUAAUAAUGAUUUAUUAUUAGCUUGGAAUGAAGCUGUUGAUACUAAAUGUGAUUAUUUAAUGGCAUUGAUCCAUGAAAGUUUAAGAUUCUUUACUGUUUUACCGUUAGCCUUGCCCAGAAUUACUACCAAGCCAAUCAAUUAUAAUCAAGGAGAAAUUAUUAUCCCUCCCAAUACGAUCUUAUUUAUGAAUGCUUAUGCUGCUAAUCAUGAUCCAAAACAAUUUGAAGAUCCAUACAAGUUUGAACCUGAAAGGUGGUUAGAUCCUAAUGGUAAACUUAAAAUCACUAAUGAAUUAUCUCAUUUUGCCUUUGGCGCCGGUUCAAGAAUGUGUUCAGGUAAUGUAUUAGCUAUUCAAGGUAUUUAUACUUUAAUGUGUCGAAUGAUAUUAUAUUUUAAGAUUAAACCACCUAUUAAGGAUUUAAUGGAACUUGAUCCAUUUAAGAAUAAUCUGAAUCCAAGAGCUACAUCUUUUGAACCAAAGGUUUUCAAAAUAAGAUUGGAGCCAAGAAAUCAUAUGGAUCAAGAUAAAUUAUAUCAAAAGAUAAUGUCAUAAGAGAUACUUUAUUUACAAUCUUUUAAUGAAAACAUUAAAAUCGUAUGGAUAUAUUUGUAUAAAUUUUUAUA